AUGAAGAUUGAUGGAAGAUUCUCCACAGACUUCUUUGUCAGAGACCGGACAACAGGGAAGAACAUCCUAGGUAAUGGAACUUGUUACGUCACCGAAGGCACGAAUCUGAUAGGACUGGAGUGGUGUAUUCAACUUCCAGCGUACAAGGAGUUGAAAGACAAAUACCACUGCCGAAUGGUGACUAAAGAAGAAGCAAACCGAGAGGAAAUCAUCGCAGACUUGAAGAAGCAAUACGCAGAAGUGUUCAAUACUGUUUUCAAGAAAAAGCGACCAGUGCUCUAUGCCUCCGUGCCGGAUUUGGAUGCUGAAAUUGAUCGGCUGGUGGCCGAACAAGUGAUAUCCCCAGUAGAGCAUUCAGAGUGGGCCACGCCUAUCGUUGUAGUCAAGAAGAAAAAUGGGCAAAUCCGCUUGUGCGGAGACUUCUCGACAGGACUGAACGAUGCGCUGCAGUUGCACCAGCACCCGUUGCCCACCGCGGAGGACGUGUUUACGAAGUUGAAUGGAGGACAACUUUUCACGCAAAUCGACUUCGCAGAAGCAUAUCUGCAGGUGGAAGUUGAAGAAGAAUCGAAGGAAAUGCUGACGAUUAGUACGCGCAGAGGACUGUACCGUACAAUCGUCUACCCUUCGGCGUGA